UCCGCCAUCAACAAUGGCGUAAGCGUGAAACACAUUUCGGCCACCUGUUGAAGCACUUUACUUCACCCUUGUUGAAGGCAUUGCUGGUACUUACAAAGUGGAAAGUCUCUGAUUGGACCAUUGUGAGUGAGCAUUAGAGAUUACAGAGAGAAAACAAGCAAUCCAGAGGGAAGUAUGGUUUAGGAAUAUAACUAAGUUCUCCACACAUAAAAAAGAAAGAUGGCUGCCAGAGCAACAAGGCGCGUGACAUAUGACUAUGCAACAACAGGGCGGAUGGUGUCUCCAGGAAGAGACAGAGAUGACAACAGGGGAUAUGAUAUGCAAGUCCAAAUGAAUGUACCUGGAAUGCAAGGAGCCGGUCCAUAUGGUAUGACAAGCUCCAGCACCCUGGUGCAGCAGCAGCAGACCAUGGAUCCCACACCCCAGGGACAACCAGUGGAGGGAGGCCGCUGCUCCUGCUGUCCCUAUGGCUACCACAUAGACUUGGACUUUGUGCGCUACUGUGAAGAUUCCCAGAGUGGGACCAUGCUGAAACAACUGAAGAAGAUCAAACGAGACAAGAAGCGUCUUCGUAAAUCCAUGGAGGUUCAGUUACAAGGCCAGCAGAUAGAAACCGAUUAUGAGCCUCGUCAGGAAAUGGUUGGAUAUGAUUCUGGCACUAAUAGAUAUUUGAAUGAUAUAGACUCUUCAGUAGAUACCACCCUGCAUACAAUUGAUAAAGUAAUAAAGCAGACAUCUUACAGAACAUACAGUGCAGGGGAUAGCGAUUUCAGCCCUAGUCCAACAUCGCCUACCAAGUUUACAUCCACCAUGUACACAACAAACCGUGCCCUGGCAGGUUCAAACAGCUCCAUUUCCUCCCAGACCACUGUCAACAGUGAAAUGUCGGCUGUAAACGGGAGCCCUGGACCAGAGCGCUACACCACAGUGACAGCUCAGCUAGCUGCAGUACUGGCAGCUCAUUUACCCAGACCUGACCCAUCUGGAGAGGCAGUUCCAAUCUAUCACCAGUCCUUGAUAGAGCUUCGCCAGCAGUUAGCCAUAAGCUUGCAGAAAAUGAGAGAUCUUGAAGAACAAGUCAAAUCAGUCCCACUCCUUCAGACGAGAAUGUCGGUGCUGAAAGAGGAGAAAAGAUUGUUGGAACUGCAGCUGCUGGCCAAGCAAAGUAAACCUACCAGCACCUAUAGCAUUGGUGUUGGAGAUUACAGGGUGGACGUAGAAGAACCAAGAGCACCAAGAAGACCAGACAUGAGAAGUAUUGGGGUAGGAAACAAGAGUGUCACUGAGCUAUACACUCUGCAGCCCCACCUACUUGAAAGUCAAACCUUGGAAAAAGAGAUGCAUACCCAGCGAUUGAUCCGUGAAAAGGAAACUAAGGUUGUUGUAGUUGGGCAAGAGCAGAGACCCACCAGCCCCUACAGCCCAAUGAUCAAGACCAUGGAGAGAAAGCCUAUAACCAGGAGUGUUGGAGUUGGGGACGGCAAUGUCUUUGAGAAAGAUCAAAUGCAAAUUCAAGAAAAGGAACUCCGAACAAUUAUCAUUGAUAAAGAAGCCAAAAAGCAGACCAGGAAUGUUGGAAUAUCCGUGCGUGUUCCAAUGAGAGAUGUUGGUGUGCACUACCAUUGUGAGGCAGAGAAGCCAAGCCAGAGGGAUGUUGGUGUCAGUGUGGGAACCAGAGACACAUUUACUUCCACCACAACUUAUGAGACCUUCCGUGCAACUACCAUACUCCAGAGCUUGUUCCAGUUGCAGCAUAUUAGUGCUCCAGAGAUUCGCAAUAUCAUCUCCACAAUGCUCCAUAGGGAUGUGGCAAGCAAAAGCACCAUGACAGACNAAGUUCAGUAA